AUGCCUUCCACCGUCUGCUCCGCUCAGGCGUCCUACAAAAAACUCCCCGGCCUCCUCGAGCUCACUCCUUCUCAUCUCCAAUGGACCAAGGCUGGAGACAAAGCACCGUCCGUCAAGGUCCCGCACAGCGAGGCUGCGUCCCUUUCUCGCAGCAAGGUCGGCGCCGCACAAGUCCGCCUCAAAGUUGGCCUUGUGAGCGAUGAAGCGGGUCACAACUUCACCUUCACGUCUCCUCAGGCAGUGGCCCUCGCGGAACGCGAGAAGUUUGAGGCCGAACUCACGAACAUCAUCGCACAUAACCGUACAAGUACGGCCCCACCCCCGCCAGGACCGACUCUGGCUGCAGUUACCCCCGUUCCUGGUACGCCCACGUCUGCGAGGCCUCGACCUGUUGGAACUCCGGCUCGACCGACUCCGCAACUAUCUCGGGCCUCCACCUCGCGAGCGCCGUCCGUCGCGAGUGAUUCUCGUGGGACACCAGUGAGCGACCCGACGCAUGACUUCAGACUUCGGAAGAAAGUGCUCUUGAGCACGCCCGACCUUGCGCAACUCCACCGAGAGCUGGUCAUGGGUGGGCAGAUUAGCGAAAACGAGUUUUGGGAAGGGCGAGAACAUCUGCUAUUAGCUCAAGCCGCCGCAGAAGGCCAGAAGAAGGGCAAGCCCGGUCAGCUCGUUGAUCCACGGCCUCAGUCAGUAGACGGAGAGGUGAAGAUUGUCAUCACGCCACAACUAGUUCAUGACAUCUUCGAAGAGUUCCCCGUUGUGGCGAGAGCAUAUAGCGACAACGUGCCUGAGAAGCUGUCGGAAGCCGAGUUCUGGAGUCGAUAUUUUCAGUCAAGACUGUUCAAUGCCCACCGCGCGUCGAUCCGUUCAUCAGCCGCGCAACAUGUAGUCAAAGACGAUCCUAUCUUCGACAAAUACCUCGAAAAGGACGACGAUGACUUGGAGCCUCGGCGACUGCGAGAGGAGCGAGUUGACACCUUCAUCGAUCUUGGCGCCACGUCGGUUGAUCACGACGAGACCGGAAAUGAAAAAGACGUGACGAUGCAAGCAGGGAAGCAAAGAGCUGUCUUACCCCUUAUUCGCAAGUUCAACGAGCACUCGACUCGGUUGCUGGAUACUGCAUUGGGCGGUCCGGCAUCGAAACGCAGAAGGACCGAUAACGGUGAAGAGCGCAUCGCACAACUAGACCUAGAAGAUUUACACGACAACGAGGCGUCUGCUGGCAUUCUACUAGAUAUGCAAGACAGACAGCGCUACUUUGAUGGUCGGGCAAAUUCUACGACAGAUGGGGCGGCAGCGGGCCCGCAAGUGGCGUUCAGAGAGGCGUUGCAGCAGACCAAAGCCAGCAUGGCGGGAUGGUCUUCUAAUCUAGCGCAGCUCAAACUGGACAAGAAGGCUGCAGACUCGGCGCUGGUCAGUAUGACACAAAACGUCGCCUCGCGAUUAGACGUGAAGAUGCGGAAACAUGACAUCCCGGAUGGCCUCUUCAGGCAGAUGACGACGUGUCAGACAGCCGCAAAUGAGUUUCUGCGGCAGUUUUGGCUAGCGAUAUACCCGCCCCCGUCGGAAUCGCAGACGCUCGCCCCCGCCACACCCGCCCAGAAAGCCGCCAAGGCGGCGAAGAUGGUUGGAUAUCUCGCCAAGACGCACGAAAAGGUCGAGGCGUUAGUCAGGGCGGCGCACCAGGAGGGCGUCGACCCUGCGCGGGUCAAAAUUGCGAUGAAGCCCGUAGUGGAUGCGGUGGACAAGGCAUUGGAGUUCUGGCGCGCGAAGAAUGCGAAGGUCCUGCGAUGAGCACAGGUGCGCGAGAUGCAGCAGCGGCAGCAGAUUGGAAGAUUGCAGUGUGUGGUUCCUCGUACAGAGCUCGCGGACUCUCGCAUAUUACAUUUCACAUCGUCGUAUACUUAGCUCACUCUGCCUCUGCAGCAGUAAUAUAGGCAUCCGC